AUCCCUCAACAAUGAGCAGUCAAUCCAAAGUCAUCACAAUCGGCCUGAUCCUGGCCCUGGGGAUCGGAAAUGCUUAUUACACGUUCAAUCCGAGUUUGAAGGAGUUGAAGGAACGGCGGGAGGGCUCAACCAUUGGGAAAACGCUCGAACCACAGACGCCUGCAGCGCCCCAACCGGAAGCCCAGCAAGAUAAACCCAGCUAAGGUACCUUAAGGAGAGUAACGAACAUGGAGCCGAGUGGGAUAUUGAGUGAUUGCAGCUCAGCAAGGAGGGCUAAAGGCUAACGCCGACAUGCGAGACAGAGAGGAGAAACCGCGACGAGGAAGUGUCAAUGUUUCGCCAUGCGACAGCUGCCAUAUCUGGAUAGGUAACAAUCAAUGUAUUUCAAUCUGAGUCUCUUGAACAUGGCGAUCCUGGUGUCCACGAUAAGGACCAACCAUCACGGUGUUGA